AAGGCGCUUUCGUCCCCUUCCCCCAUCUUCAAAGCUCCAUGCCAUGCGUACAACCUCUGCUUCCUCCUUCCCGUUGUUACUUGGCGAAACACGUUUCUGCCACGACCUGUAGCCACAGCGACGACACCAAAAUCCCAACAAACAUUUGAACAAUUGAUUUUAGACUUGAGAAUUGCAUAUUCCCAAGGACGAUGUCAAAGAAGACCAGCCAGUAUUCUACAGCAGAUAUGUUGGAUCAUAAUAAGGCUUCCAACCAUAGUCAGGUGGACUCUUCAACCAACUUGGUAGCUGAGUGCAGAAACAAGGCUAACUCAACCCAGCAAAAUGGGGGAAUGUCAUCCUCUCCAGAAAGUGUAAGCUUGAAUGGAGAUAAAAAGCAAAGUGGAAAAAGGCAUUGCGGCAAGAGAUGUACAUCUAAACCUGAGAGUCACCCCACGGUGAAGGUUAACGCCAAAAACGCAACCCAACCACCUGACCCCCAAGCCGGACUGAUUGCCCUGCAGUCGGAAUGUGCCAAUGUGUGGUUUCAACGAAGCAUAUACGAGCAAGCAGAGAGCCUAUAUCAGUGCUGGUUGGCAAACUCACCCAAAGUACCCGCUAAGCUGAAUGGGUCAGCUCCAACUCCAAAAAACAACACUUCAUCUACUAAAGCCCCCAAGAAGAACUGUUUUAGGCACGCUGACCACCAAGUCGAAGAAUCCAUGCAGUUGGCUGUUCCAAACUCUUUGUCUCAGAGCUUCAUCAAACCCACAACCCCAGAUGAAGGGUAUCAGUCUCAAGCUCCAACUCCUGUAAUCCCUAGCCCACAGCAGAAGGCAGUCACACUAACUUCGCGAGAAACGGUUAAUGGGCUCUCCCCCAUUUUAGCAGAGCUGUUUCGUGACAUAUGGCUGGAGAAGCCAUUGUAUGAUCGUGCAGAAGCCACCUACUACCAAACUGUGUGUGGCAACAAUUCAUCCAAACAAUCCAGCUACACCCUGAGAAGUGGUGAGCUCCCUCAAAGCUUCGUAGAGGUGGAAGAGGAAGUAGUGUUGGAGAAAAAACAAGGGGUUUUGCAGGGCAUAGUAGAGGUUUUCCAUGCUCUGCACCCAAUCCAGGAGGAGGAAGAACCUGCUGAGAUACCUGCCAAACAAGAGAGGCAUGAUCUUGGAGUUUGCUACUUUCUUCACCCUGACAGUGAGCGGGUGUGGUUGGACAAGUGGAGGUAUGAUGUAGCAGAGAGCCGUUUCCGUGGAGGUGAAGCAGUGGUGGCAAAGAAAGGUCGGAGGGCCAAAACGGACACCUCAUCGAUUGUCUUCACUGUCCAACUGAGGGAAAACAACAUGAGCUCUGUCACCUUUCUGACCAAGGAGAAGAUCUGGUUUGACAAAAGUCGCUACGAUGAGGCAGAAAGACGCUUCUUCGAACGUGUGAUCAGCUCCUCACAAACAACGCGGGCAGUCUGUGAUGCGGGAGCUAACGCCAUCCUUCAAGACAUCGCACGUGCCCGGGAGAACAUUCAGAAGUCACUUGCAGGAAGCACUUGCAGCAGCAGCACAGCUGAUCAAGAAUUGAUCUCUCGAAUCAAGAGCCUGGAGCUGGAGAACAAGAGCUUAAAUAAAGUGGUGGAAGACUUGAGGGCAUCACUUUCCAAGCUGGAAUUUCGAGUAACAGUCUUGGAGAAAUCCCCUGCAGUUGUAGCACCAGCUCCCACUCCUUCAGUCCCCUACACAAAUGGAACUACCAUCCAGCAGUCCGGCAGUCCCAACGCAAAAGAGGAGGUGGAUGAUGAUGAUGUAGACUUGUUUGGUAGUGAUGAUGAUGAAGAGGCAGAGAAACUCAAAGAGCAAAGGUUGAAAGAGUAUGCAGAGAGAAAGGCCAAGAAGCCCACUGUCAUUGCCAAGUCCUCAAUCUUACUGGAUGUCAAACCAUGGGAUGAUGAAACUGACAUGGCAAAGCUGGAGGUGUGCGUGCGCUCUGUGCAAGCUGACGGUCUGUUAUGGGGGAUGUCCAAACUGAUUCCUGUGGGUUAUGGCAUUAAGAAGCUCCAGAUCUCGUGUGUAGUGGAAGAUGACAAGGUUGGAACAGACAUGUUGGAAGAAGAAAUCACCAAGUUUGAAGACUAUGUUCAGAGUGUCGACGUUGCGGCUUUCAACAAGAUUUAAAUAGUUGUCUCGUACUGUCCAUCACCACAUCUCUGUUAAUAAAAGACUCUUGCACUGAG